UUGUUCAAUAGUACUACCAGAAUUAAAGGAGCAUAAUGAAUAUUCUUUUCAACAACAAAAAUCAUCACUCCACAUUACAAAUGGUUCUUAAUUAGGACAAAAAUGUCAUUUCACCUCCAAACCAAUUGCCCAUAUAUUGCUACAUUUUGUUGACAAAUAAACUAUAGUAGAUAAACCAUGAAAACUUCAUGUACUCUUUGCAUCCUCAUCACCACCGUGCUCCUCCACCUCUUCCUUAUCCCGGCCCCCUCCGCCGCCCUCCUCGACCCCACCACGGUGUCAUCCGUUGACAUCGUCCUCGAUGACUCGGACUACAUCCGUUCAAGUUGUAAAACUACUUUGUAUCCGGAUACCUGCUACCACUCACUAAAUCACUACGCGACUGCGGUACAACAAGACCCCGGUCGCCUAGCACGUGUCGCUAUUGGAGUAAGCCUAGCAAAAGCUAAGCGAAUGUCAGCUUUUGUUUCCAACUUAUCUCGCGAAGCUGACUAUGGAGCGCAGCCACGUGCAGUGGCUGCGCUCCACGACUGCUUCUCCGUAUUUGGAGAUGCAGUCGAUCAAAUACGCGACUCGUUGAGACAAAUGCGUACCCUCGGAGGCUCGAGCGAGUCGUUGAGGUUUCAAAUGAGUAACGUUCAAACAUGGAUGAGUGCGGCUUUGAGCAAUGAGGAUACUUGUACUGAUGGAUUUGAAGAUGUGAGUGAUGAUGAGCCAUUGAAAUUAGAUGUUUGUAAUCGUGCAGGGAAGGUCAAGGAGGUUACUAGUAAUGCUUUGGCUUUUAUAAAUAGUUUUGCCAAUAAGUUAUGAAUGUUUGAUAAGACUACUUUUUACUGACCAUGUUAAAUUAGUUGUUGACAAGUUUAGGAUGCACCAAUCAUAUAUCUAUUACUAUAUCUCUCUAUAUAUAUACUACUCUCUCGCUCCGUUUCAAUUUGA